CAUGCCCUGAUGCAGUCAUCUGUGGGUGGUGACAAACUAUAGCGUGAAUAUACAACCUGAGUGACAAACACACACACACACACACACACACACACACACACACACUCUCAGUUCUGCUGUGACGGUGGAUCCAGGAGGAAGCUGCUGCUAGCUCAAUGGCGAUGAAAAUGGAUUUAAAAGCCACCAUAGAGCAAAUGGAGACGGGAGAGCAGGACACUGCCUUAGCGGCUCUACAGAGCUACAACACGGAGAUGAACCACUGCUUUACGUUCAGCAAGGAGGACGGGCGGGACAGAGAGCUUCUGGGUGGACUGGUCCUCGGUUUCCUGAACAGGGAGCUGCAGCCUUCCUGUCAGCUGGCCUGUCUAGAAACCGUUCGAAUCCUGUCCAGGGACCAACAUUGCCUGGAGCCCUUCAUCAGCCGCUCUGCCAUGGCCACUCUGGCCCACUACGCCGGCAUUGCCGUGGUCAGUACUGUCACACCUGUCCACAGCCAGCAGGCGGAGGGCCAAGUGGAGGGUGAGGAAGGAGAAGGGGAAGAAGAGACUGCAGAGGUACCCAGCGAGGAGGUGAGGGAAUCCUGCCCUCCUUCAGAAAACUCUGACCAGGAAGUGAUAGUUGAGUCUCUCAAGUCCAUCUCUAACAUCCUGCUACGCAACGAGACAGGACAGGCGGUAGCAGCAGAUCUACAGCUGAUAAAGGGUGUGGCAGAGAGGCUGAAGCAGUGCCAUGAUCCCACCUGGAUCCAUGAGGUGCGUUUCUUUGACCUGCGCAUCACCUUCCUGCUGACUGCCCUGAGAGUGGACGUCAGGGCGCAGCUUGUUCAGGAGCUUCACGGCAUCAGUCUGCUAGGCAACCAGUUGGAUGCCACACUGGGUCUGUGUUGGCCGGAUACAUUGGAGACGGCCAGAGCAGGGUUUGGAGAUGUGCCACCUGACCAACUGCCCCCGCUGAGCCGGCAGCAGACAGAACUAGCCAUGGAAAUACUGAAAAUACUGUUCAAUAUCACGUUCGACACAACCAGGCGCAAGGUCGAUGAGGAAGAGGCAGCAGAGUACAGACAUCUGGGAGCCAUACUGAGACACUGUCUGAUGAGCCAGGCAGACGGAGAGGAGCGGACCGAGGAGUUCCACAGCCACACUGUUAACUUACUUGGCAACCUUCCCCUGCUCUGUUUGGAUGUACUGUUGAUCCCCAAAGUGCAGCAAGGCUCCAUUGAGUACAUGGGGGUCAACAUGGAUGCUGUCAACAUGCUGCUGGGAUUCAUGGAGAAAGCACUUGACCGGGGACAUAAGCUGAAGGAAACCCUUCUUCCAUCACUGAAUCUGCUGACUGAGAGUGCCCGAAUCCACCGAGAGACCAGGAAGUUCCUCAGGUCAAAGGUGCUGCCCCCACUGCGUGAUGUGAAGAACAGGCCAGAGGUGGGCAAUGCUCUGAGGAACAAACUGGUCCGUAUUAUGACUCACAUCGACACUGACGUCAAGGACUGUGCUGCCGAGUUCCUCUUUGUUCUCUGCAAAGAAAGUGUUUCUAGGUUCAUUAAGUACACUGGAUACGGUAAUGCUGCAGGUCUGCUGGCUGCUAGAGGACUGCUCAGGGGGGGCAGAGACUCUGGGAUCUACUCUGAGGAUGAAGAGUCUGAUACAGAGGAGUACAGAGAAGCCAAGGCCCAUAUCAACCCAGUAACAGGAGUUGUAGAAGAAGAACAGCCCAACCCCAUGGAGGGAAUGACAGAGGAGCAGAAAGAACUGGAGGCCAUGAAGCUGGUCCAGAUGUUUGACAAGCUGUCAAGGACCAAUCUGAUCCAGCCCAUGCAGCUCGGUAUGGACGGGAAGAUGAGCAAGAUCUCUCCCGGUGAUCUGCAUAAACUGACCCACAAUCCUUUGUUCCAGCCAGAAGAGCCAACUAAUUCAGACAGUGAAGACGAGGCUUAGUAAACACAGAAGCAUGAAGGAAGAAACACAUUCAGUUCCUGUGAGAGAAUAUCGGUCUCAUUAUUUAAUCUAUUCACGUCACAUGGCCCAAACUGUUCCUGUUUACUUAUUCUGAUGGAGGGUGGAUUAUGGAAAAUUGGGAUUUGUUUAGUCAAAGUGAAAACAGAGCAUAUAGUACAUUGGAGGCUGCUUUCUAUCCUGUCAACUACAAAUCACCAUGUUUCAAUGAGUACCAUUAGUGUGUCGAAAAGAUUGAUUAACAUUCAUCUGAUCAAAAUAUUUCUAAUCAUGUAUUGGAAAAAAAAAUCUUAUGUUUUUAACUAACAAAAUAUUCUGCUUCAAAGCCCAUUUGUUGGCCUUUAGCCUUUCAUAAACAACAUUUUUACUUUGAUCAAAAAACUCUCCCGCUUGCUCCACACAAAGGGAAUCAUGCACUGCUAUCUAUUCUAUUCAUUAAAGAAAGAUGAUUUAAUAAAGAACACACUGAUCAUUAAAUGCUAUGGAUUUGUUAGAUGGUUUUUUUAGGGUGAUGACGUCGUAAAAUAUGACUUCAGACAUUAGAAGCUUCAUUUGAUAUCCUCGAUAAAAGCUUUGAAUGUAAAAAAUAAAUAAAUCAGUACAGCUCUACUUACAAUAUUCACACACAGAUACAACACUUUCUGGCACAUUCCUUGCUGUUCUGACUUUAAUGUGAUCAGUAAUUAGUUACACUUCAUCACUUGAUAAAGUCCACCACAAACACACUUUAAACUGUGGACACUGCGUUGACUAUUCCUGACUUCAGAAGGAAUCAGAAACCUUUCUGACAAAAAAACAGAACCUCAAACGCUUCAAAAAGCUGGUUUGUGUUGUUAUGGUUCCAGGUCAUUUAUUUUAGUAUGCUUUUAAUACCAGCAUGUGGGAAAGGACUUACUAACGGAGCAGUCGCAGCAUGAAAUGAUCAUACAGUUUGCAAAACACAAACCCAGUUUGGAUUUGAUUUGUUGAAGCUGUGAGGUCAUCAAGCUUUGAAAAAACUGUUUCUUUCCAGAAACCACAUCUGAUUCACUGUUACUCAGAACUAUCCACAGACCUCACUGUUUGCAUUUAGAACUGUUAACAUCAGAAAACUGUUUUGUGUUCACAGUGAAAACUAGACUCUGCCUCUUCCUUUUACAGUGUGUUGGAACUCUUGGUGAUGACAUGAAUGUGUGUCACUUCUUCCUUUAGUGAGAGCAAAGGAAAUUGUUGACAGCUAGCCAAAGAGCUGUACUUCAGUUUGUGACAAUGGAUGAACUGUAUUUGGGGAUUUUAGAUGCCUGUUGUUUUACAUAAAGAUGUUUUAUUUUUAGAAGUGAAAUGUGAAACUGCAGACAGAUAAAUUAUAAUUCAGUGAAGAUAGAAUACCCAUAUGCAAAGAAAGAGCA